UUGGAGACGCUCUCCGUGCUUUUAGUUGUCACAUCACGUCCCCUGUUGCCUCGCCUAUGCCUGCGCACACUGCCGCCGCCGCUGCGGAGCCGCUCGGCCGCGCCGAGCGCCGUCGCCCCUUUCCCGCGUCCGAUUCGCAGCAACCCGCGAUCAAUCAAGCGUGCAGCCAUCACCACGAGCAUCACCACGCCGAGCCGCACCUACUCCACCACCCAGCAUCUUCUUUCGCCACCUGACGAGCCCCGCCACCGCCGCCGGGCUAAAUUCCGGCCAAAUCUAAUCCUUCUCCGCCGUCGAAUUCGUGUGCCUGAGAUCAAGCCAGAGGUGGAGGUGGAGGCGGACGAGCGGGCGACGGAGAUGGUCGGCAAGAAGGCAGUGGCCGCCAAGAAGGCGGCGGAGGCGGAUGAGGUGGUGGACGGCGAAGAGGAGGGGGAGGUGGCUGCCGAUGGGGAGGAUGACGGGGAGGAUGCAGUCGAUGGGGAGGAAGAUGGCGACGAGGAUGAUGAGGGAGAGGGCGAGGAGGACGAUGAGGAAGAGGAUGUGCAGGGGGAGGAGAAGGAGGCGGCGGGGGUCAUAGAGAUCUCCGACGAGGAUGACGAUGACAAUGGGGAGGCGGCGAGCGGUGACGGCGAUGAUGACGAUGACGACGACAACGAUGAUGGUGAAGACGACCAGGAGGAGGAACUGGGAACAGAGUAUCUGGUCCAGCCUCUAGGUCGGGCUGAAGACGAAGAGUACUCCAGCGACUUUGAGCCGCAAGAAAAUGGUGAUGGCAGCGAGGAUGAGGAGAUUGACAAAGAAGAUGAUGCUGAUGAUGGUGAGGAUUCUGUGAAGGUGCAGUCCUCUGCAAAGAGGAAGAGGUCAGGUGAUGAUGACGACGAGGGGGAUGAUGAUGGUGACGACGACGAUGAUGGGAGGCCACCAUCAAAGUGAUAGCCCGACUCAUGUCUUGGAUAUUUGACCUUGUGCAGGGUGCUAAGGAAGAAGGAAAAUAAUAAUUCCCAGGUCGUUGGUAAAUGGUUGUAGCAGCUGAAACUUUGAGAGUCCAGUGUUCAUCGUGGUAGUUAGUGUCUACCGCUGAUGUUGGUUAACAGCCUCCCAAAACUUGAUGUAUGGGGGUUAAAAACAUGAAGCUUGGUUUAUGCUUGUGUAGCUUCUAAUUCAGGUCUGUGGAUGCUUCUGAAUCUUGGUCAUCACACACCUUUUGAGUGCUAUCGUUAUUUGCUCGCUUCGUGAAUAA